ACUAAAAAGAGCUCAAAACAAUUUUUAAAAUAAAAAAUGGAAAAGAAAACCAUUUUUAUGGCAUUUUUUGCAAUCACGGUGUUGCUCUCAUUUUCUUAUUCAAGUUUGGCCAUAGCAGACGAUCUUAAGGAGAUGCUAUACAGCGAGUUUAAGGUUGGUACUGAAGUUUAUUGGCCGAGUCCCGAUCACUAUAAUUUCAAGGUUAUCCGUAGACAAUCAAUAAAAGAUCUCAAAAAUCUUAUUGACUGUGGGAUUAAGAUGGGAUUUGAUGGGCAUUAUUGUAACCAUGACAUUAUGGACGAAGUUCUUCGGAACAAAAGUGCGUCGAGAAAAUGUUGUCGGAGUAUAGUGAAAGCUGGGAAGCAAUGCCAAAUAAGUUAUAUGAAACUGUUUUCUCAGUUCUAUCAAUUCAAAGGUGUUAGUUCUAAAGCUUUGGCCAAAACUGCCGAAAUAUGGAAAAAAUGUUCUGCUCAAAUGGGAGGCAUUGCACCAUUUUCUGGUUAA